UUCCGUUAGUUUUGUGUGUGUCCCAUGUAGUCUCAUCUCAGCAGUGGGAAGACCUCAUCUAGAGAUACAUUUCAACGUUUAAUAUGCUUUGAUUUUGUAUCUUCAGUGUGUUGUAUGGGUAUGGUUAAGCUUUAGAUAUUAGAAACAGAUGUGAGAGGGGAACUCAGUCACUAUCCAGGAUACAGUACAGAUUUUUACGGUAAGGGAAGAGGGGAGGGGUGAAGAAGGGAGGGGAGGAGAGCAGGAGAUGGGGGAAGACAUCACUGCCUCCCCAACCACCGCAAUCGCCAAAGGAAACACUGUAAUCUCAAGGAACAUCUCAAAGAUUUCCUCAGGAAUCACCACGAAGUAACCUCGCGGGCAGCCACCAUUCAUUUCAGCGUCGUUGAUUCGGAUUAAAACCGACCAAUCGCAUGAAGCACUAGUAUAACCGGCCUGUCCUACAUUCCGACUCUUAUUUGUUUGCUUAAUAAUUUAUGAUAUUUACAACGCGUUUUGUGGCGAACGCUCGCGAUCGGAUGUUUUGCCUAUUUAGACAUUAAAAUGGCACCGUGAUUAUUUACCGGACUUGCACUGGAAUGGGUAAAAGCUUCAGGGCGGAGAGAGGCGGACUUUGUGAUCCCUGAAAAAUACAGAAGAGAUGCUCCACGGGGAUUAUUUUUAACGUCCGUGUUGACCUCUCAUCCAAGCAGCCCGAAGAGCAGAAACAAACACGAUGUGCUUCAGUGAUUCCCAGAAGCCAAAUACUGAGAAAUGAAUGCUGCCAAUUACGAUUUAAAGCACGGAGGAGAGAGGUUAUAAAUAGCGGAGCAAAGAGGAAAUGGAGCGUUUUCUUCGUGCCUGGAUGAGGAAUGCUGCAAUCCAUUUACAGUGAUAGACGUCUCACAUGCUUCAUAAGAGUUAGUUUAUGGUUUACCCGCUGUGAUACCAAGUGACAGUGAAUUUGUGUAGAGUAUGGGGAGCGACAGUGAAAUACUGAACCGGGAGCUGUCAAAGAUGUCUGAAGAAGACUUGCUGGCUUGUUCUAAGGAAGAGCUGGUGAGUCGACUCCGCAGAGAAGAAUCAGAAAAGAUGUCUGCUCUCAUACAGCGCGGUCGAUUAAUCAAGGAGGUCAAUAAACAACUGCAGGGACAUCUGCUUGAAAUCAGGGAACUCAAAGUCAUCAACCAGACGCUGCAAGAGGAGAACCAGGAACUUCGGGAUUUGUGCUGCUUUCUGGACGACGACCGUCUGAAAGUGAAGAAGCUGGCUCGUGAGUGGCAACUAUUCGGCCAUCACGCUGCUAAAGUGAUGCGCGAGGACCUCGGCGGAUACCUCAAGAAGCUCGCCGACCUUGAGCGGAUGCAAGACGGUCUGGUGAAGGAGAACCUGGAUCUGAAGGAACUUUGUUUGGUGCUGGAGGAAGAGUGUGUGAGCAGAAGUGAUUCCAGCCCGGGUGGCUCCACGGAUCUCAACAUACCGUGUAUGGUGGCCCGGGACGUGGGCGACGGGAGCUCCAGCACCGGGAGUGUUGGCAGUCCAGACCAAAUGCACUUGGUGUGUUCACCAGAUGACUGAAGGAGAGGAGCAGAGCCAUAUUACUUUAACCUUCUCUCUUGAUGCUGAGACAGACUUUUUAUGUCUUCUAAAGACAAAGUAGUUUACAUUUCCCGACAAAAACAUCUCAGCUAUUUCGGUGGAAAUAGACUCUAGCUAGUUUACUCAUGGCCUUUUGAUGCCAUAAAUACAGUUUCUCUAUAUUUCAUUGAAUAACAUUUUAUAGUUGGCAGACCUUUAACACUUGAGUAAAAUUAUUGGGUGCCAGGCAAAACAGAAUUAUUUUUAAUCUUUUGAAGUGACAGCCUUUCCUUUUAAAACAGUCCUCCUGCUGGGAAAUCCAGCUUAAAGGUUACAGUUCAAACUGAAAUGAAAUGUUUGUCAUAAUUUACACCCCUUGAUGUCGUUCCAAACCUGUAUGCUUUCUGCCGUGGAGCACAAAAUGAGAUAUUUUGAAGAAUUAUUAUUUAGAAUAAGUGUUUUUAUAUCCAUACAUUAAAAGUCAGUGCUUUCCAAAACAAAGUUGGACUCCAUUGACUUUUAACCUCUGAAUCAGUUUUUUGCAAACGGGUUCGCUGACCCUGGAUUUUGCGUUAACCCAAGGAAUUUGUUAUUGGAUGAAAAGCUUGUAACAAAAAAAAUAAAUAAAUAACACCUACUGACAAAGAUGAAAUAUUUUAUUUGCUUACCUGCAUGUCAUGCUGACCAUUAACUGGUAUUAGAGAACCUUAAACUUCAUGAGAAUUAACUGUUAAAUUAUUCAAAAAUUAACUAAGGGGGUAUUUCAAGUAAGUUUUUUAGGUUAAAGUUGUUCAGCUCACAAAAAUAAAUAAAUUGGGGAAUCCCAGGUAUGAGGCGUUUUUUCAGAAUAUCUUCUUCUGUGUUCUGCAAAAGAAAGUCACACAGGUUUGCAACAAAUGUGAAUGAAUCAUUUUGAUUUACUUCCUUUUUAAGCUGGUAGAUUUGUUUUUGGAACAUGGUGGCUGGACUCUACCUGGUCUAAGUUAGUCGAAAACUAUUUUGACCAAGAUGAUAGGACCAACUGGUCUAAGAUAGCCUUCCAGCUUGAACUCUCUAGAAACCAUCCACCAUGUUGCAAAAGCUGCAGAUUUUCCAGCAGACCUAUUUAUGGUAUUAGUAUCAUUAUUUGAAUGUAUGAUUUUCCAAUUGUUGCAGGAAUGCUUCCUGUCAUCUCUUGUAGGGGUUGUAGAUAGGGGCAAAAAUUUAGUUUUGGGUUUGACAUUUUCAACAACAUUGAGAGAAACUAACCAUACUGCUAACUUGUACCAGGUUUACUGUGCACUGAUCUGUUCACGAGCUGAUGUUUUUCCUGCGAUGCACUAUGACAAGACUGCAAUGAAUCACAUGCACAUUUUUACUGAUUAGAGCCAUAUACUAUGUAGUGGUCUGUUUAAGAUCAUUACAAAAAGCACUGCACAUUUUUCAGCAAUGGAGAGGAAAUAAAGUAUCAAUAGACUGUGCAAAGUGAAGCCUCCAUUGUAAGCAGAUCCGAUUUUUUGUGAUGUAAUAUGGCUGUAUCAUGGAGGCCCAAGAAUGAUUAACUGAACAUGCACGUCACUAGACCACUUUUCUACAGUAUGAGAUAGUUGUUUCCUGUUUAUUUUUAACUGGACAGUAUAAUUCACUAGAUGUAGUGACUUGUGCUUCACUAGACAAUGUUGCUGUGCUCUGCACUGAAUCCAAAAUGAACUUUAUUUUGCAUUAACCCAACUUUAACUACACAACUGUACUGUACAAAGCUUUCCAUGUUCAGUUGUUGCUUUGACAAGAAUUAAUUAAUACACACUGAUUUGACACUGUUUGAAGGAAAAAACAUUGACAUGUAGUUUAAAAAAUGAUUGUGCUAGAUAUUUGUCAUUAUUUUGUUGUAUUUGCUGCAUACUACAAGACCCUCCUACAUAGGAUUGUUUUCUUGUACGUGUUUUUAAUCAAGAAAUAUGAUCAGUAUUAAUUCAAUGACUGAAGUUUUAUUGCUACAAAACCCAGCUCUCUGAUUGGUUAGUAUUCGCUUUGAUUACUCAUUGUGAGUGAAAUGGCUUUAAAUACACUUGACUGACACACCA